AAUAGUGAAAAUACAAGAUGAAGUUGCUGUUGCUGUUGUUUCUGGUGGACCAGUCUUCGGCUGUUAUUCACUACUUAAAUUUGACCGAGUACAGCAAAAUGCCAGAUCUGUACCAGAUGGACGACUACGACACUUGUGUGAUGGAGCCGGGCGGGACCUACUGUCUCGUCGACGCUGACCUCUACUCCAACGAACCCUCCGACCUGAUGUUGAUGAUCCAGGAAUACUCAGAAAAUACGAGAAAACAUUACAAUCACACAAAAGUACACCGGGCUUUGUGCGUCCGAAAAUCUUGCAAGGAUUUCGUGAAGAACAAGAGUCUAGAGAACGAAGCGGACCUGAGAUCCAUCCUUGAGGAUUGUGUUGACGAUUCCUUAUGGAAAGGAUAUAAGCUAAACGCCAGGUUAACCGAAGUGUUAUACUGCAAGAGGCACGGUGAUCAGAGGAGUUUUAGCACUGGAGAUUUCAUAAUGGCGGGUGUUUAUUUGGUCCUGAUCAUACUGAACGCAGUCGGGACUUCUUACGACUUUAUCACUGGAGAUGCGGCAGGAAAUCCGUACUUACUGGCGUUCUCCUUCCGGCGUAACUGGCGUAAGUUGAUAGCACCCAGGGGCCUUAUUCCACUUGUGCAAAGCUGA